AAUCCUUUCUUUCUACAGCCUUGUACACAUAUAUGGUGUGUGUUUUGUGUGUCAUAGUGCAUAUAAUUCAUAAUGAUCAGUUUGAAUGUUAUAUUAAUGAUGCUGCUGUAUAUGGUUUAUAAGAGCGGUGAAGACAGAGCUCCCACUACUGUUAGCAACAACACUGACCAGGCCCUGGAGGAAGAUUCAAGCCAAGAACAACAAGCUUUACAGGAACAGGACAGUGCUGGUGGCAGCAGCAGAGUGAAAACAGAACCAGAAGAAGUGACAGCCUCUCAGGACCCACAUGAACAUGGAUUUGCUGUGAAAUUCAAGUCAGGUGACACAUACGACAUUGACUGUGAGCAACCUUGCACAGUGCUGGAGGCCUUAAAAACUUUAAAUAAAUAUAAAAAGAUGUUUACGGAUCGACAACAAAAUGUUAUCAUUCAGAGGGGUACAGGAGAUGAUGAAUCAAUUGUUCCAACACAUUUUCCUUGUUCUUGUAUCAGAGACGGGGAGGUUCUGACCAUAUCAGUUACUAAACUACAGGUAGAAAAGGCUACAGAUGUCAGAAACGUGCAUCCAACAGAUUACUAUUCUGUUUUUUACAUUGAUACAAAGGGAGGCCUAAAUGUCACAUCAACAAAGCUUUUCAGGAACACAAAAGUAGAAAAUUUCAAGUAUCUCUGUGUUUAUGGAGAGAAGGAGAUGAGUGUGGAGGAGGCUCUGAAAAGAGAUGGUCGCUUCAUUGAUGAGCUUGGCUGCUUUGAGCUAAUGAACAUUAAUGAUGAACAUAUGAUUGUGUGCACACAGAAGAUUAAAAAACUGCACAAUAAGAAAUUCAAGAUAUGUUGUCCACGUAAAGUGAAUACUAAAACAAAUCAACAAGCCAUGCCUGGGCAACAGAAGCAGCAGGUUCUUCCACAUGCAUCAACGAAUGCAGAGCGCACAAAAGAAACAGGAUCAGUCUUAGCUGUAGCACAUCAGAAGGGAAUCAGUCUAAAAACCGCAGAGAAAGAAACCAGCAGUGAUGUUGAUAUAAAUACGAUUUAUAAACAACUGCGUGAGCAGUUUCCAAAUCUGAAACAAGUGAUGGAGAGAAGAUUUCCUGGUGAGACUUUCCAGGAAGAACUGAAUCUCAGGAAGGAGAACUUUGGAAAGAUCCAACAGUCCUUCAGCCAAGUUUACAGAGUCAGGAAGCUGCUAGAACUGGGAAAAUCAGUUUGCAACUUCAUAAUACAGGGCACAGGCUUUGUGCUAUUUGACAACUUUGUCUUGACGAAUGCCCACUUAUUCAAAUACUGGAUUGACUCAAAAUUACCUGAUUGGCAUAAAACUUUAAACGUUACUGCUGUCUUUAACUUUGAAACACAAGAGUUUAAAGAAAUUAACAAGAUUAAUGCCAAGGUGUUUGUUGGUGACGCUGAAUUAGAUUAUGUCAUACUUGAGCUAAUAACAGAGAGUCAGGUUCCACCAGGGCUCCUCAAGAGAUUUGGACCUGUUCCACCAGGGCUCCUCAAGAGAUUUGGACCUGUACCUUUAGAUGGUGCAGCCUGUGUUGUUGGACACCCAGGAGGAGGAGUGAAAAAAAUGGAUCCUACAUGUGUCAUUGAGAAAACCAGACGAGAGGAGGCUGUUCAUAAAAAUUUAGAGGACUACAAGGAAUACAUCAUCACUCUUUAUGCAAUCAAUCAGGCGAUCAAAAAUGACCCAUAUGAAAAUACCUAUGUGACCUACAACUCUUUCAUGUAUCACCGCUCUUCUGGAUACCCAGUAUUUGAUGCUCAUGGACGAGUGUUUGGUUUGCACAGUGGUGGAUUUUUCUAUGGGUUUCCAAAGAGUAAACAGAGUGUGAUUGAAUUUUCCUUUCCUCUGCUCACUAUAUUUGAAAACUUUGUGGGUAAUUGGAAGAAAGAGGGGACUUAUGGGAAGGUCUUGGCAAGAGUUGAGGAGGAGGCAAAGGGAAAUCCACACCUAGAAUACAGAUUUAAAUCUGUUGUGGGGCCAAAGCAAGGUAGUCCCGAGGGGCAUUUGCAGGAAGUUCAGGGUAAUACAGCAGCUUCUGAGGAGCCAAUGCAGAUUACUGCAUCAGAAUCUCCAGCAACAGUCAAAGGACUUAUGACUGUAUAGGGACAGAAUGAUUGCAAUAAUUAGUUUGGCUGCCUGAAAAGCUGCUUUCUGUUUUGUAUAGACAAGAGCUGAACUCUUAUUUUGAAUUCUGUUUAACUUUUAGUAUGCAGUUUACAUGUUUCUGUUUAGUUUUUAGUGUCAGUUAUAAUUAUUAUUAUAAUUAUUACAAAGGUAGUGAGUAAUCAUGUAGACA